AAGCUUUACCGAGUUCGAGUUGCCCACUUUUUGACCUAUUUAUAGGAUUUUGACUGCUUUCCAACAAAUUAAAUAAUGCAUUUCUCAUCAAAAUCUAUAAAGUAACAUUCUGUGCAUAACAAAAUAUCACAUUUGUCCCAAAAAAUCGAUAAACCGAGUAACUCGUGAAGUAAACAACUCUCCCACGAUAAGAAAAAAAGAUCGCGAUAACUUUUGAUGUGAUAAUCCUCUAAAAAUCACCACUUGUUAUCUUUAGAAAUUAUUUUAUUUUGUCUUUGAAAUUAUAGUUGUUUUCUUGGCAUUUGUAGAAAUAGAUUCAGAUUCAGUUGUGGUUGAAGACGUGUAGAGGUAGGAUCGUGUAUCGUUAAAACAAUUCUGCGCGCUUAUAACGCAAGGCGAAAUAAUUUUUAUACCUAAGUAAUUCUUUCUAAUUUAACCACUGAUUAUCUUUAUUGAUAUUGUGACAUCACGAUAAUAAUGUCGACUACAAGGCUAUUAUCUCCCCUUCAUAAUUAUGGGAAAUUUCAGUCCACUGCGUCACUCACAAGGCAGAAGUCAGCUGUUGGUGGUGUCGGUUCGCGAUCAGUGUUGAUAAAACAGAAUAUCAGAAGAAUGGCGACAUAUAAACCAACGUUGACUAUCGAGAAUUUAAAUCCUUGUAUCAAGGUGAUGGAAUAUGCUGUCAGAGGACCUUUGGUUACAAGGGCCGGCGAAAUCGAAAAAGAGUUGGAAAAGGGAGCAAGCAAACCAUUCAAGGAAGUCAUAAAAGCCAACAUUGGUGAUUGCCAUGCUAUGGGCCAAGUUCCAAUCACCUUCAUCCGGCAAGUGCUGGCUUUGGUAGGUUAUCCGAAACUUUUAGAUGAUCCUCACUUUCCAGAAGAUGCUAAAGAGCGCGCAAGAACUAUAUUGAAGGGUUGCAGGGGUAGCUCUCUAGGAUCUUAUACCGAUUCGCCUGGUAUUGAAGUUAUCAGAAGACACGUAGCUCAGUAUAUCGAGAACAGGGAUGGUAUUCCAAGCGAUUGGCAGAACAUUGUGAUUAGUGGGGGUGCCAGUGACGCUAUCAAAAACGUUCUCAAACUCUUCAUAUGCCGUGUAAAUGGAAAGAAACCCGGUGUGAUGAUUCCCAUUCCACAGUACCCGCUAUAUUCCGCAACUUUAUCUGAAUUUGACAUUGACCAAGUCGGGUAUUAUCUAGAUGAAUCUAAGAACUGGGGACUUUCUUUACAAGAACUAGAGAGGUCGAUAAAUGAAGCUAAAAAGCAAUGUAAUGUAAGAGCUAUUGUAGUUAUCAAUCCAGGAAAUCCAACAGGACAGGUUUUGACCAAAGAAAAUAUCCAAGAGAUUGUCAAGUUCGCACAGAAAGAAAAGCUGUUCAUUUUGGCCGAUGAAGUAUACCAGCACAACAUAUACGACCCCAACUCACAAUUCCAUUCUUUCAAAAAGGUUAUGUAUGAAAUGGGAGAACCCUACAGAAGCAUGGAGCUUGCCAGUUUCAUGUCUUGUUCCAAAGGUUACAUGGGCGAGUGUGGUCUUAGAGGAGGUUAUGCGGAAGUGGUCAAUAUGGAUCCAGCAGUUAAAGCUCAAUAUUUCAAAGCGAUUAGCGCUAUGUUGUGUUCGACUACUUUCGGUCAAUCCACCUUAGAUGUUAUUGUGAAUCCUCCCAAACCAGGAGAACCCAGUUACGAACAAUUUGAAAAGGAUAAGGCUUCAGUCUUGGAAUCUCUUAAGUUAAGAGCCAAAAUGGUAGCCGACACAUUCAAUUCCAUCGAAGGCUUCAGCUGCAACCCAGUCCAAGGUGCCAUGUACGCUUUCCCCCAAUUCAAGCUCCCACCCAAAGCCAUAGAAGCAGCAAAGAAGAAGGGUCAAGCCCCCGACGCAUUCUACGCUUUCGAUUUAUUAGAAUCCACAGGUAUUUGCAUCGUCCCAGGAUCAGGAUUCGGGCAGCAACCCGGCACCCACCACUUCAGAACCACCAUCCUACCCCAACCCGACAAACUAAAGAGCAUGCUGGACAAAUUCGCCGAAUUCCACACCCAAUUUUUGAAAAAGUAUAGUUAAGUUGGAUGCGUUUUUUACGAUGAGUUGACUGUGAUCAAUUGUACUAACGUAAUUGUAGCAUUUGGCGCUAGAUUGAGAUUGAGAUCCAUCAGAUUUUAGACAAUAUGUUGUAUUUCUAUGUGAAAAAUGUAAUUGGCAAAUAUUUUAUUACUUUUUUUAACUAUUUCGCUACUUAAGACGCUUGCUAUACAGAUUCCACGUGACCAUCAUCAUCAAUCAGCCCUUUGCAUCCAUUGCUGUAUAUAGACCUCCCCUAUUUCCGUCCACUGUCUUUUAUCCUGGGCGCUUUGAAUCCAAUUUGUGGUCAUUCUUUUUAUAUUGUCCAUCGCGUGCAUGGUCUUCCUCUGCUUCUUUUAUCGGCUCUUGGUUUCCACUCGAGCAACCUCUUUGUCCAUCUUCCAUCUGUCAGACGGGCCACAUGACCGGCCCAGUUCCGUUUAAGUUUAGUCACCUGACAUACAACAUAUGUGACUCCUGUUCUCAAUCGUAGUUCUUCGUUUGUUGUAUAUUCCCGCAAUGACACCGAAUUCUUAGCUUCUUAACAGAUGCGGUUGUUAAUGUUAGAGUUAGAGUUUCAGCACCAUAGGUCAUAAGCGGCAAACGCAUUGGUUAAAGACCUUCCGUUUCAAGCAAAUUGGAAAAUCACUUUUGAAUACGUAUCUGAGUUUACCGUACGCGGCCCAGGAGAGGAUAAUUCUUUUCAAUUAGCACGUUUGAUUGUCUCACGUGAUUCGUAUUUCGUGACCAAAAUAUUUGUACUUUUCCGCAAACUCCAUUUCGCAGUCGUUGAUGACAACGUUUUCACUUGGAACUAGAUUUGUCAUUAGCUUUGUCUUAGAUAUGUUACUGUUCCGAUGGUAGGUUACGGAAUCAAUUAAAAAUAAGUGUAAACAAUGAACAAUAACAUAUUUAUUUGUGUCAAUAAAAAAAAGGCGUGUCUUACUUAUAUCUCGACCUAUGGUAUAUACCUACACGGUAUGUUGUUGACCUAUUCCGACUACCGCUGCGUUGUGUCUCUCGACGGGAGACUGUGAAUCGACCCGUAGUUAUAUAUCGACUGACUGUGGCUGAAAAAAAAACCACAAACGCUACUAUGUUUGUGUUUCUACAAUUUGGCUAGAAAAGGCAAUAAAUUACUACAUCUGGCGUUUUAAAAGUUGAGAGCCUUUCUGUAUUUUAAGAAGUUGACAUAAAGUCUGAUAAGGUAAUUAAUUUAUGGGGAAUUCAGUUUGUUAAACUGAACACACCAAAAACAUUAUGGUUAGGGAUACCGUUUCGUAAAACUUAUUAGCAUCUGGUUUGUAUAUUAGAUGUGAAUUUAUAUGACAGUUUUGAGAAAAGUUAUUAAAAAAUAAAAUUAGCAAAAAUAGUAAUUAAAGCGUGUCGCCACAUUAAUUUUUAACCCAACCUGAUCCCCAUGACCGAUUCAUAAUAAAAAGGAGAUUUUAGUUGAUUUAAAGAUCCAAAAAACUCUAAACAACUAUCUGUAGAAAAAACUUAGCUUAAAUAAACAAGUCACUACAAAUGCUAAGACUACAAUUUUCCUGCCAUUCUACUUCUUUAUAUACCACGUCCUUUCAGAACGUUGAUUACCACCAUAGCUAUCUUAAUUUUAUUCACUGCCACCCUAAUUAGCAUGAUUGUAUCAAUACCAUACCAAUCUCGCAAGAGAACCAUGAAGUCUUUGUUUGUCCUGAACUGAGUUUGCCUAUUUCCUGUCAUUGGGAAUCUGUAUUCUAAAAAUACUCAACUAUGUCUACAACCAAUUGAUAUGGUGUUUUUAUAAUAUUUAAUAAGCUACAACUGAGGACUGGGCACCAAUAAAGAGCCAUGUGACAAAAAGUUUAUUUUUAGAUAUAUUUUUUUUACGUUCCAUCAUCAUCAUCAUCAUCUUGGUGCUACAGCCCUUAGAGGGCCUCGACCUUCUCAAGCUUUCUACGCUAUUCUGUUCUGUCCCUUGCUUGCAUUUUCUAGUUACCGACUCCGAUCUUCUCGGCAUCUUGUGUUACCCACCCGUGUUCAUCCACCUCGCCUUUGGUCUACGCCGUCUUCUCAUUCCCACGGGUUGAGCUGUUAGAAUCUUUUUUAUCAUGUUCGAUUCAGGGGCCCGGGCUACAUGUCCUGACCACUGCAGGCGAUUUCGCUUAAUUACAGUUAUAAUAUCUUUUCCACCAAACGUAUGCUUGUAGAUAUAAAGUUUACCACUUACUUAAAAUUAGGCUCUAUUCACUGUCCAAGUGCUUAUACAGAGGUGCAGGUAUGCCAACUGUGACGUAUAUAUUUGUUUUAUCGUCUACAAAAAGGCAUUUUAUAGAGUAAAACAUGAUAAGCUCACAACCAUCUUAGAAAAAGCGGGAUUAGAUGAUAGAGACUUGAAAACCAUAUAUAAUUUAUAUUACAAUCAAACUGCCACCAUUAAAGUGGAUGACCAGUUGAUAGAGGCAGUCUCCAUAGAUAGAGUGAGAUAAGGAUGCAUUCUGUCCCCGGUGUUAUUUAAUAUGUAUGCUGAGCAUGUGCGCCUAAACAACGUUAGAUAUGCCGACGACGCAGUACUUUUUGCAGAUAGCUUAGAUGGUUUGCAAAGAAUAAUGUCGCGCAGAUAUUAAUCAGACAUACGUAGAGAACAUGGAUUUGAUCUCAAUACGAAAAAAAACCAAAGUAUGUGGUAGGCGGUAAGUGCGAAAUAUUAAAUACAAUAGCAGCAAGCAAAGGAUAACCACGUUGAUCGUCAACAUUCGAAACGGAUCGGCACCUUAAGAAGAAGAAGCAAUGGUCCAAUUGUCUGUUUGUGGCACAUAGCUCUUUACUAAUGCCCACUCCUCAACUUUAUUUUAUUUAUUAUACAUUUAUACUAAAACAAAAAUAUUGUGCAUGUAUUUUUAUAAUUAUUUAUUGAUACAUUUUAUUUAUCUUUAUAUGGUUCUUUUCAUGAGGAUUUUUCAGUGCGUCACAAAUGAUAGAAAAAAAGGUAAGUCCGUGAUAAUAUACAUUUAUAACAUUUAUUCUAACAUGACAUUUUAGUUAAAUCUGACAGUUGUCAAAUUUUAUUUGCAAUUGGGCAUAAAAACAAAUCAAUUAUCUUUAUUGCAUUUAUAAAAUGGUAUUUUUUUUGAUUUGUAUAGUCUUAUAAAUUGUACAGAUCAUAUUCCUAGAUAUAUAAUUAGUAAAUACAUUUUUUUCUAUUAUAGCGCCAUCUAUCGACAACUAGAAUAAUCACCGAACUAGAAUAAUUACCAAAGUAAUCACCGACGUGCCUUUUUUUCUGUCAUAUACAAUUUAAUGCGUAAAGGCUGUAUGACACUAUGCAUUUUCUUGUAUCAUUUCUAAUAUCGUUUCUUGUAUCAUUUCUUGUACGUACAUUUGUGCCCUGUAUGACACUAUGCAAGUUCUUGUAUCGAAAACUGUAUGAAAUUCGGCACGUGAUUGGUCGAAAUUUUGUUUGUCGCCCUGUCACGUUACAUUGGUAUGGUAGUACUGCGUCUACAGCUGAUUUUAAUGAUUUUAUAAAAUUUAUAAACUUUUAAAAACAAAUAUUUUAAUGUUAUAAUAACUAGAAUUUUUACGUUGACUGUUGAUUAUUUGUGUUUUUUAUUUUGUUUUGAUAUUUGUGCUAAAAUAUUUGCAUUAUAAUUAUCUUCAGUUUGAUCCAAAUUGGAACUAUUGUAUUUUCCUCUAUUAAAAAAUUAUGCAAUAUGAAACCCAAAGUUAUUCUAAAUAUAUGGUUAUUAGUAGAACAGUAGUCCAUAUAUACCAAACGGUAUAUUAAGUAUCAAUAAAAUAUUUAUAAAUAAUACCUACAAAACACAAAUAAAUUCAUCAAGACAUAAAUCAUAUGAUCUCAUUUUCAGCCGCCAUUAUGACAUUUAGAAGUUUUACCAGCAGGUUUUACGUUUUUGCUCUUUGCGCAGAAAUUGGCGCAGUUAUUGUACAAGAAUCUGUGCCUGACACAAAUUCUUGUAUCGUUUCUGAUAUCGUUUCUUGUAUCUGUGUAUGACACUAUACAUUUUUUUGACAUAUCAGAAACGAUAUUAGAAAUGAUACAAGAAAAUGCAUAGUGUCAUACAGCCUUUAGAAAGAAAUCGAAAAACUGUGACGCACUGAAAAAUGCUCAUGAGAAAAAGCAUAUUUUCUCACUACUUAAGAGUUUUACGCUUGUUUUGCCGUCCAACAUCUGCUAUUUUACUUAAUGACAAUAAUUGGUAUACCAAAUUUACGUUUUUUUAUUCUGUAAAUUCUGCAGAAAAUAAAAUAUUAAAAAAAUUAAUUAAUGACUGAGGACAGAAUAGUCACAGUUAAAACUUUCUUCAUUAAUGAAGAUUUUAUUGCUACCUAAACGAGGGUAGUGAAUGUAUAGACAUAAUGGUCUAAAGUUCUAAAGGAUACCAAAAUUUGCAGAAAUAAAAUGAUGUUAAUGUGUUCAUUACUGAUGGAUCAGCGAUCAUUAUGUCGCCUAAAUCUGUAUUGUAUUAGCCCAGAAACAGACGAACCACUUUGUGGCGCCACAACCACUCUGUGGCGCCACAAAGUAGCUUCCGAUGAUUAGCCGUAAAUUCGUAUGUAAAUUAAACGUACCAUUCCACACGAGCGACAGUGGCCAGCCAGUGUUGCCGAUCCUCGCUGCUAGUGGCGUCCACUACAAAAUUCAUUGGCGCUACAAAAUCGCUCGUCUAGGCCACUUUGUGGCGCUGCAGAGUGGCUCGUCUGUUUCUGGGCUUAAUUGUUUUAAUUUUAAUAGUAAAAAUGUACAAUCUUAUUGAUUAAAAUGAGUCUAAAUUCUUAUUAUUUUAAUUAUUUAAAUGUUACAAUUUUAAUGUAAAUAAUAUUGGAUGUUAUUCAUCAUAUUUGUACAUGUAUCAAAAUUAGUAAAUUUUAUUGUUAAAUAUAUGAAGCAUAUUUGGAACUGAA